UCAAUACAUUUUUUUUGUAACCAAAAGGGGUGGGUGCAUUGUGAGGACUGUCAAAUAAGAAAUAAACCUCUUUUUUCCAAUACAAAGUGGCUCCAAAACUCUCUUGCAAACAACUUCCCCAAAAGUACUGUGAGGCGCUUGUAGUGAGGACAAGGAGCAGUGCAGGAAUAAAGACCUGUCCCAGGUAUCCUGGGGUCAUCACUCAUUACUGGUUGGGAAUGUGGAGGAAGAACUUGCAGUGUAAGGGACACAACUCCAGGCAAAUCUCUACCUUGUAUUCAGCCCUGUGCUGCAAAGAGCCGGGAGAGAACAUCCCAGGGGGCGCAGAGGUGCCUUCAGUUACAGACAAAGAGGAUGGACAAUAAGGCCAUGUACCUGCAUUCCUUCGAUGAGAAAGAAAAUGGCUCCGCCUUUGAGGAACCCUACGAUGGGAGGAAUCUUUCCAAGAUGAACCUGUGCGAUGGCUGUCCAACAGGACAGAGAAGAUCCUCCAGAAGAUGUGGUCGAUUGGGUUCUAUUGCAGCUCUGAAGUAUGCGGUGGUGGGACUCUACCUGUUAGUCUUUCUUAUUCUGGUCGGAGUAUUCAUUCUUGCAGUUUCAAGACCCCAGAGUUCUCCUGAGGAUUUAAAAGUUUUAACCAGCAAUGUGAAUCGUUUAAAUGAAAGCUACCGAGACCUCCAGUUCAAGCUGAUGCAGCUCUCCUUCAAGGGAGACUUCAUGGAACAUGUUUGGAAGCUGCAGGAUUUGUUUCAGAACCAUUCUGACUCACUUCUCCAACUCACAGACUCUCUCCAUAAAUUAGAAGAGAAUCUUCAGCGCCUUCAAGACAUGGCCACCAAAACGGAUACAAUUACUGCAAACCUUGGUGCCAAUCUCAACCAUUUAAGUGACUCUCACCAGUCAGAGGUUUAUCGUCUCUCAACAGAGUUUAACGGCAGUAGGUACAUGUGGCACCAUCAUGACACUUUACUGAAGGAGAUGUCUACAAAAGUUGAGGGACUUAAUUACCAAAUAAGUGAAAUAUUGGGGACACUAAAUGCAGUUAAUGCAACUUUUACCUAUGAUAUAGGAAUUCAUCACACAAGGAUUCAAGAUCUUCAGGGUCUCAUAAACAACGUGUCAGAGGAAACGAGGCACAUGAGACUUCUCCAUAUUGUUAUGGAGCAACAGUUAAAGCACGAGAUGGCUCUACUGAAUAAUGUGACAGAAGAUCUGAGGCUUAAAGACUGGGAACACUCAAUCGCCUUAAAAAAUAUUACUGUUAUAAGAGGUCCCCCUGGGCCGAAGGGAGAACAAGGCCAUGAAGGAAUGGAAGGUGUACCUGGAGUACCUGGCCUACCUGGGUUACAAGGCAUGCCAGGAGUGCCUGGCCCAGUGGGAUUACCCGGGCUCAAAGGAGAUCAAGGAGACAUCGGUGCACCAGGAAUUAUGGGAUUACGUGGCUUCAAAGGGGACCGAGGGCCAAAAGGUGAAAAGGGCGACAGAGGAGACAGAGGCGACACAGGCACAGUGGAGGAGAGCGUAAUCCGGCUAGUGAAUGGCUCUGGUCCCCAUGAAGGCCGCGUGGAGGUGUUUUAUGACAAGCGUUGGGGGACGGUGUGUGAUGAUGGAUGGGACAAGAAAGAUGGAGAUGUAGUUUGUCGAAUGCUGGGUUUCAAAGGAGCAGAAGAAGUGUACAGGACUGCCAGGUUUGGCCAAGGUGUUGGACGUAUCUGGAUGGAUGAUGUUGCUUGCAAAGGGACUGAGGAGAGUAUCCUACAGUGCAGCUUCUCAAACUGGGGAAAGACCAACUGUGGGCAUGCAGAGGAUGCUGGAGUCACAUGUAUUAAACAAUAACAAUGCACAUUACAGAAAGACACCGUUUCUGGAGCCUUUAAGUCAACUAGGUCCAAACAUGGUACAGUUAUAAAGACAGGAAAAUAACUCUUGACUAAGUUGGCCAAAACAAAGGACUUGGCUUGCUUGUUGUCUUCAUAACCAUGAAGAGGAUGUACUUUUCUGCACUUGUUCCAGGGAUUUAUCCAGAGACCAAUGAGAUGCUCAAAGCAAAACAUUUUUUUAUACUUACAGGCAUGCAUUUACAAUUCAUGGCAAAUAACACAAAAGAUCAAAACAUAAGCAGGACUACACUAAAGGGGUCCCCUGGAUCCAAAUAAGCAUUUUCACAUUUUACUUAGAUUAAUGUACUUCAAAUGACAGUUUAACAAGGUCCACUAUUAUUUUUGUUUAAUACAAUGAUGGAGUACAUGAUCACUUUAUGUUAAACUGUGUCUGACCCUGUAAAUGAAUAUGGUUCUACAAAGUAUGAUACAAUAGGCUUCAUCAGACAGGAGAAUCUGAGGUUGGUAUGGAAAGCUUAAUAUAUAAGGAAUGGUAUAAGAAGCCUAAUAUUUAUGUAAGAUGGUAUAGGAGGCCUAAUACAUGGGGCACAUUAUGGGAAUGUGGGAUGGUAUAAGAAGAUAUGGCAGAUGGUUGCCCAGCGCUGAUGGGCUGUGACAUAUGGCACAUGGCUGGGUUGACAAAGUAAAAGCUCUUCGAUCAUUGAUGUUCCUUGUCAUAAGGGUCAGUAUUAAUAUACAGUUAUGCAGUGAGUAUCAUGUAUAACAUGUAUCUUACAAAGGAGCAAUUUGUUUUAAAAUCUCAGUAGGAAGGCCCUCUCAGGUAGGUAGGACCAAAUUAUAACAUAUGAGCAUAUACAUGUAACAAGAUACAUUGAGGUUAGACUAAUCUCAGAGCUAGUAGACCAUUGCACUGCAUUGUGCUGUCCCACCUCUUAAUUUGCUAUGUUGGCAGUGGCAGCUCUUCUUUUGACCUUUAGGAAAAGAAAAAGCCUCUUUCUAUCAUCUAGACAAUAUGGAGGAUUGGAUGGUUUGUUGGGAAAGUGGAAGGACUCUCUCUGUUUUAUAAGACAUUUGUUAAAUCUAGAUGUGUUUUGCUUUAACUGGUUUAGCUUUAUCAUGUGACAUAUUCAAAUAUAAUGAUGGCUAAGUGGGAAAUAACAAGUAUUUUAUAUUUGGUGUUCAUCAUAUCUAUCAGAUUUAGGGCCAUUAGGACAACACUUGUUUAAGGUCAACAUUUAAAGAUUCCAGUGUUAAGUUCCCAGGACAGCAGCAAACACAGGACAAAGUAUGCUGCAAUUAAAAUGUGAAACUUGAGAUUUUGCUUGUGAGUGGUCACAGCCAAGGGAACUCUGGGGUUGAAGACAUUUCAAGGGUAGAAGUAAAAUCUUCCAUGAUGAAGGACAGUGUCUACUGUAUCUAUAUUGGGCGACUGAACAUAACAUUUCUAUGUUCAGUAGCCACUGAGAGCCCAGGACCAGAAGGAGACUUCCCAUUGAAAACAGAAGAAAAAGUGGAAGCCUUUAAAUGUUAGUCCAUGGUCUUAAGGACAGGGACACCAGGCUGAAGAAAAAUCAAGAGAUGGAACUUCUGUAUAGUUAAUAGUCUCACAUUUCAUGUUGUCUCCAGGGUUAUUCAAUGGGUUCUGAUACUCCAUAGAUCAUUCAUAUUAACCUUAUCCUCAUAUUCCUAGGGGUGUACAGGAUAAAAAAAGUAAAAAGACAAUUCUCCACCAAAUUCUCAGAGAUGUUGAGAUUUUUGGUGGGAGAGAAGGGGUGGUUGAGCUAUAAAACAGUAGUUUUGUCUUCCAGUUAUGAGGGUGCUCUGGAUUAGAUAACCAUAUAUGAUGGUAAAGGAAAUUCUUACUCUACUGAACCCUAACGCUAAGUCACAGUACAUGGGCCAGAAAUUGAACAUAACAGAGACGACAGAGACCAAUGAUCUAUAGCUCUGGUCUGGGCAAAGCCAAUAAACCAUGGGUUAAAGGGGAACUAUCAUGAAAAUAAAAAUUGAACAUAAGCAUCAUAC